UUGGGCAACUACAGAGUAGCACUAGCACUUCCCGCUAUCUCCUCUCUCUUAUUUCUCCUAUAAAAACGUUUCUUCCAUUCAACCUUUUUCUCGACUCAAUUUCACUCACAUUUCUACGGAGAGAGCUCUGCUUUUCAUCUCUCCAAUGGCAAUUUAUUGGAGAUCCUAUCUUUCUCUUUCUGCAUUGCUACUUGUGAUGCUACUAGUCAUCAAUGUCACUCCCGGUCACAGUGCUGAAGAAGCAGAGCAAUUCCAGAGCUUAAAGAACUUGACAAUGGCGAAUAGUUUAAGUGAAGAAAAUGUACCAAACCAUGAACAUGCUGUAGAUGAUCCAGAAAAGGUGGUUUCAAUGGUAGACAUGAGCAUUAGGAAUAGUACAGAGAGGAGGAAAUUGGGUUUUUUCUCAUGUGGAACUGGAAAUCCUAUUGACGAUUGUUGGCGUUGUGACCGUAAUUGGCAACGUAACCGCAAGCGCCUAGCAGACUGUGCUAUUGGCUUCGGACGUAAUGCUAUUGGCGGCCGUGAUGGCAAGUACUAUGUUGUCACUGACCCAAAUGAUGACGACCCUGUAAAUCCCAGACCUGGAACACUUCGUCAUGCUGUAAUUCAGGACAGACCGUUGUGGAUAGUGUUUAAACGGGAUAUGGUUAUUACACUUAAACAAGAGCUAAUUAUGAAUAGUUUCAAGACAAUUGAUGGACGUGGUGUCAAUGUUCAUAUUGCCAAUGGGGCCUGUAUUACUGUCCAAUUUGUUACUAAUAUUAUUAUACAUGGCAUCAAUAUUCAUGAUUGUAAGCCAACUGGUAACGCCAUGGUACGUAGUUCACCGAGUCACUUUGGAUGGAGGACAAUUGCUGAUGGAGAUGGCAUUUCCAUUUUUGGGUCUAGCCAUAUUUGGGUUGAUCACAAUUCUCUUGCCAACUGUGCUGAUGGCCUAAUUGAUGCUAUCAUGGGAUCCACUGCAAUUACAAUCUCCAACAAUUAUUUUACACACCAUAAUGAGGUGAUGUUAUUAGGCCACAGCGACUCCUAUGUUAGAGAUAAGAUUAUGCAGGUGACUAUUGCUUACAACCAUUUUGGUGAGGGUCUCAUUCAGAGAAUGCCAAGGUGUAGACAUGGUUAUUUUCAUGUGGUGAACAAUGACUAUACACAUUGGGAGAUGUAUGCCAUUGGUGGCAGCGCUUCUCCUACAAUUAACAGCCAAGGAAACAGAUAUCUCGCCCCGGCCAACCCUUUUGCCAAACAGGUGACACAUAGAGUGGAGCAAUCAGAUGUGUGGAAGCAUUGGAACUGGAGAUCAGAGGGAGACCUUAUGCUUAAUGGAGCCUUCUUUACGCCAUCUGGACACGGUGCUGCAGCCAGCUAUGCUAGGGCUUCAAGCUUAGCAGCAAAGGCCUCUUCCCUGGUUGGCACUCUUACUUCAAAUGCUGGUGCACUUUCAUGUCGCAGGGGCUACCAAUGUUAAUGUCUAAGACAUUGACACAACCACACAUUACCUUUACCUGUCCGGUGAAAUUGUCGUGUAAUCUAGCCAAUUUUAUACCUUCUUUACCUUGCAUCCCUUUCUAAACACCUCACCAGCAAGAUACAUAUGUAUUUCUUUUAUACAUUAAAAUGAUUCGAACCCCCCUUGUCUAGUGUUCCAUCUGUCUAAUGUAGCAAUGCUCAACCCCGCCCUGCCUCAACGAGAAAAUUUUAACUCAGAGGAUCUGUGGAGCAGGUGUUGAAGUGUUGUACCCUACACAUCAUAUUUCUCCUUAGUCAUUCCCUUUCUCUUCUACCACGUUUGCUUAAAAUCUUGAUCACCAACUACUUCUCUUGCUUACGGUUGAUAGGAAACCGACUUUUUUCUUCCCUCUCCUCUUGAUAUGGAGCAUUCAGAAACAUAGUACCAAAGAGAUUGCAGAAAACAUGCACAAUAAAAAAAAAAGACAAUGAAAGCUGAUUUUUCUGGUUUAUUGUUAAACAUGUUUAGCAGUAAGUGUUGAAACUGGCAUCUUAUAUAAUGUAAUUAUUAUGGUUUUCCUUCAUAAUUCAAGUUAUUUCUGCCUACUUUUUAUCA